GAGGGGCUGCGUUUCCCGCCGGACGUCCCUUGCUGCGGGCCCGCGGCUCGUCCCUUCCUCCUUCCCCCACGUGUUCCCACCGCCGCGGGGAGCCAGGCGUCAGGUGCGGGUGGUCACAGGGAGCCUCGGCUCUCACCCUUUCCCUCACCCCUGCAGGUGCCUGGGUGCGGCCCCCGGGAGCUGCGGCAUGUUGCGCAGGCGGGUGGCGCAGGUGUUUUGGCAGUCUGUAAGAUGUGAAUCUGAUUUGGCCACCACCUCUCUGAUACUUGAAAGAUCCUUGAAUCGUAUCCAGUUACUUGGUCGAGUAGGACAGGACCCUGUUAUGAGGCAAGCGGAAGGAAAAAAUCCUGUUACAAUAUUUUCUCUUGCAACCAAUGAGAUGUGGCGAUCAGGGGAAAAUACGACAUCCGUGGCAGGUGAUAUCAGCCAAAAGACCACAUGGCAUAGGAUCUCUGUUUUCAGACCAGGCCUGAGAGAUUUGGCAUAUCAGUAUGUGAAGAAGGGUGCUCGACUCUUUGUGGAAGGGAAGAUAGACUAUGGUGAAUAUACAGAUAAAAAUGAUGUGAAGCGGCAGGCCACAACAAUUGUAGCAGAUAACAUUAUUUUUUUGAGUGAUCCUCUGAAAGAGAAAAUGUGACGUGGUUAGUGCUUGGACACCAACCUAUGCCAUUCCUUUUGUUUUACCAUGUUUAAUCCUUCUGAAAUCAUGUAUAUUGCUAUAGUUUCUUUAAAAAAAUAAAACGCCUCUUUUAUCU